CUGCCCCGCCGCCGGCGGCACCUGCUGGGGGGGAUACGAGCGCCUGAGCCGGGGCUUUCCCGCAGCGGCGGGCGGGGCGGCGGCUCCGCCAUCGCAGCCCCCCGGGGACGGGGGCCGCCGCGGCGGCAGCAGCUCCGCGUGCCCGCGCUGUGGGCGCCGCUCCUUAAGUCGCGGUAAAGGCUCCGAAGGGCAGUGCGGUAUCUUGGCGUGAACGUCCGAGGCCGGAAUAACCCCUCUCUUCUGAGGUGCAUCACAUUAGCUGCUGGGAAUACUUCAAAGUAUCAACAAUGAAUUUGAUGUUAGCAUUAUUUUUUUCUGGAAUAGUUGCCUGUUGUGGUAACUCUACUGGUAAUCCACUAUCCAGGUUACUCCUAGUGUCCUUUGAUGGUUUCAGGGCUGAUUACUUGAAAACCUAUAAACUUCCUCAUCUCCAGGAGUUCAUUGAGGAUGGCGUGCUUGUCAGACAGGUUACAAAUACCUUUAUCACAAAGACUUUCCCAAACCAUUAUAGCAUAGUGACAGGCUUAUAUGAAGAAAGCCAUGGCAUUGUGGCUAAUGACAUGUAUGAUGCAGAUGCCCGGAAAACAUUCUCACAGUUCAAUGAUUUGGAUCCCUUCUGGUGGAAUGAGGCAGUCCCGAUUUGGGUAACAAAUCAGCAGGGAAACAGAACAAGUGCUGCUGCAAUGUGGCCUGGUACUGAUGUGAAAAUUCACAAUACAACCCCUCAGUUCUUUAUGAAGUAUAAUUUCUCGGUAACAUUUGAGGAGAGAGCGGAGAAAAUUGUUAUGUGGCUGAACAACUCCAACCCACCAGUCAGUUUUGCUACAUUAUACUGGGAAGAACCAGAUGCAAGUGGGCAUAAAUAUGGACCAGAUAAUACUGAGAAUAUGCGCAAAGUAUUAGAACAAGUGGAUAAUCAUAUUGGUUUCCUUAUUAAUAAACUGAAGGCAUUAGGUUUGUGGGACACUAUUAACAUCAUAAUAACAAGUGAUCAUGGAAUGGCCCCGUGUUCUGCCAAGAAGCUGAUCAUACUGGAUGGCUGUAUUGGUCGCAAUAACUAUACUCUCAUAGACAAGAGUCCAGUUGCUGCAGUGCUGCCAAGACAGAACAGAACAUAUGUAUAUAACUUACUGAAAAACUGCAGUGAUCACAUGAAAGUGUAUCUCAAAGAAGAAAUUCCUGACAGAUUUCAUUACCGUCAUAACAAGAGAAUUCAGCCCAUAAUUCUUGUUGCAGAUGAAGGGUGGACAAUUGUACAAAAUGAGUCACUUCCAAAACUAGGUGACCAUGGCUAUGACAACACUCUCCCAAGCAUGCAUCCGUUCCUGGCUGCUCACGGGCCUGCUUUCCGUCAAGGUUAUAAGCAGAGCACGAUGAACAACGUUGAUAUUUACCCGAUGAUGUGCCACAUCCUGGGACUGACACCUCAGCCCCACAAUGGAACUUUCAGUAAUGCCAAGUGCUUGCUGGCUGACCAGUGGUGCAUAAAUCUCCCGGAGGCCAUUGGGAUAGUUAUUGGGGCCCUUAUAGUGUUGACUACUUUUACCUGCAUUAUAAUAAUCUCGAAGAAUAGAAUACCUUCUCCACGUCCAUUCUCCCGACUUCAGUUACAAGAUGAUGAUGACGAUGAUCCUUUAAUUGGAUAGCGUGUAGGGAGCUCAGCCUCACUUGCUAAACAGUGAUUUCUGGGGAUUAAUUUGAACUUGCACUGGACGGCAUUCUUUGAUGCACUUUAACAGUAUCUGUGUAAAAUACUGUACAGCUAGAACCUGCUAACUUGUUCAUGUGUUAUGUGACUAGCAGUCCUCUAAAAAUAUUUUCAGAAAGAAAUACUGAACAGAUUGCUUUCUGCUGGAAUUCAUGUUUAGCAAAAUAAGUUUAGUUUUUCCAUUCAAGCCUUUGAACACUUCUGAAAUGAAACUUCAGACUAUGAACUAGCAAGGAUAGACUGCUAAGCUAAUGUUAACAUUUGUAAAUAAAAAUUAUUGGUUUUUUGUAUUAAACUUAAGUUAAUGAUGACUUCUUUUAGUGUUCUUGUACCUGUAUUGGAAGGAAGAUCUCUCUUCUGGGAGUUGGAAGAAGUUCUGUUUGUACACUGUAUCUUGAUUUGUUCUUACGAAUUGGGGGAUAGAAGGUGGAGAGAAGGUGAUACUUCUUGUUUCUACCCUAAGCCAGCAAUAUAAGAAGAAACUGAUGGGGAAGGAAACCAGUGAGGAAGGAAUUGGCACAGGGAGGAUCAUUUCUCUGCUGACUGCUUCCACCUGAGCCAUGGAGUGUACAGGCUGGCAGUUGUAACAGUGGAUGGCUCUAGCUGAAGCUUCUAGCCACAGGUCUGAUGACUUUCUGUGUACUCUCAUUGAGCCUCUUGACUUUUGUUCCACAGCUUCUGCACUUGGAGAGUUGGGA